AUGGGAAUCACACCAGGAUCGGAUAUAAUGUCAAUGAAUAUAAAUUGGGGUCUAGUUUACGAAUUACCCAACGACACGAGGCCCUUAUUAGAUAUUUACAAGCCAGCUGCAAAGAGAAGGAACAGACGAGAUUUGUAUGGAAGGGUAGAGAAAAUAUUGACUGUCAUGGGUUAUGAUGGACGAUCGUGCGUUCUCAGAAGUUUAUGUGAAGCUGAACACAAACUUAUUCACAAGGAAGAUAGUUUGACACAUAAAAUUUUAAAUCUUAUAUUUCAUCUCAUGGGUCUUACGCCAGGCAUAGAUCUAUUUUCUUUGAAUAUAAAUUGGGGUCUAUCUUGGGAUUUACCCAAUGAUACAGCGCCCUUACUGGACGCCUAUAAACCUGCUCAGAAGAGGAGAAAUAGGAGAGAAUUGUAUGGAAAAGUAGAGAAAGUAUUGACAUCGAUGGGUUAUGAUGGAAGAUCUUGUGUCCUAAGGAGUUUAUGUGAAGCUGAACACAGGUUUUUAGAGGUAGAAGAUAGUUUAGGGCAUAACAUUUUAAGUUUAAUAUUCAGGUUUCCUCAAGAAACUCUAUUGAAGAAUGAACCAGAAAUUCACCAUACUUACCACUAUGCCUCUCAAUUUGGACGAAGUCAAGAUAACGUUAUUGAUUAUAGUCAAAAUAUUCUUGAUAAAUGUUCAGAAACAUUUAAAUGUCCGUUUUCACUUAUAGAUUUGGCAUUGGGAUAUUAUUCAUUAUCUUAA